AUGAAUAAUAUUUUCCUUCUUUUUUGUUUCAUUUCACUCAUUCUCUCUGCUCCAUUUUCAUUUACUUUUUUCUUUCUUGCCGAUUUUUCUUCAACUUCUUUAAAAUAUUCUAAUUUCCCUUACUCUCUCUCUCUCUCUCUCUCUCUCUCUCACGUACGUGCGCGAUUUGACUCCCUAUCUUUCUCUUUCUAUCUCCCUCUUUCCCUAUCUCUUACUCUCUACUUUUCUUUCUUUUUCUCACUUUCUUUUUUUCUACGUCCUCUCUCUCUCUCUCUCUCUCUCUCUAUCUAUCUAUCUAUCUAUCUAUCUCUCAUACACACACAUAAUCUAUCUUUAUUUCACUAUUACUUACUCGUUUCCCGUAUCAUCAUCUCUGUCUCUUUCAGUAAUUAUCUGUAUCUUUCACGAUCUUUCUCUCGCUUUCACUCUCUCUCUCUCACUCGCUUUCUAUCUAUCUAUCUAUCUAUCUAUCUAUCUAUCUAUCUAUCUAUCUAUCGCUUAUUCUCUAUAUAUCUAUCUCUACAUUCUUCGUCUCUCUCUCUCUCUCUCUCUCUCUCUCUCUCUCAGUUUUACCGUAUGUUUUUCUCUGCCUGCUCGGAUACCCGCACUGUCUGUCCAUCUCUCUCUUUCUUUAUCUCUCUCUCUCUUUCUUUCUUUGUAUUACGUUGUAUCUCUAUUUCUCCCACAAGUCUGUUGCGAGCAGAUAUCAAUAUACAUUAG